GGGGUUGUCGGAGGCUGAGCCGGGGAGCGCCGGCGCAGCCGCGGGCGCGCCCGGGGGAGGCGCGGGGCGAGGUGACAACCGCUCGUUACGUCUAUCCGAAGCCAGUUAUUAAAAACGUCUCGGCGCGAGCGGUGCGCCGCCCUGUAAUUAUCCACUCGAAGGCUCUACGUUGUCGCCGUUGUCACCGGAAAUGCAGUACGUGGAACCGCCCGCGCAACAGAUGAUGUCGAUGAUGGGAGCGUACGGGUUCUGCGGCGGGCGCGGGGAGGCGGUGUCGCCGGCGUCCGACCGCUCGUCCUGCAGCAGCACCUCGUCCGGGGCGUGGGGCGCCGCCUGGCCGCACCCCGCUGCCGCCUACUGGCCGCCCGCUGCCGCCGCCGCCGCCGAGGACGCGCGCGACCUGCAGCGCCGCUGCGCCAAGUGCCGCUGCCCCAACUGCCUCACCGAGGCCGCCGGCUUCGGACCCAACUACGGCAAGGACGGGGCCAAGCGCGAGCACGUGUGCCACGUGCCCGGCUGCGGCAAGGUGUACGGCAAGACCUCGCACCUGAAGGCGCACCUGCGCUGGCACACCGGCGAGCGCCCCUUCGUCUGCAACUGGCUGUUCUGCGGCAAGCGCUUCACGCGCAGCGACGAGCUGCAGCGCCACCUGCGCACGCACACGGGCGAAAAGCGGUUCGCGUGCCAGCUCUGCACCAAGAGGUUUAUGCGCUCCGACCAUCUCGCCAAGCACGUCAAGACCCACGCCAACCCUACGAAGAAGACGAAGAAAUCCAAGGAUGAAGACAAGGACGAAGUUGUGAGCCCUGCUCCCGAGAAGCCGAACAGAAGUCCUGCGCCGGCGCAGGCGCCGCAGCAGGAGACUCCAGUGGCUGUGAGUCAGGUCGGCAGCACGAACUACGGCACCGUGCCCGCGCCGGCGCCGGCCUCUAAGGACUUCUCGUUGAACUAUGGCGCGAUGGCUCCGAGCAUGAUGCCCGGGGCGCCGGCGGGCUACAACCCCGGGGCCAGCGUGCUGGGGGCCGGGUGGACUGACCCACGGCAGGAGCUGUACCCGCACCAGGAGCUGUACCCCCGACAGGAACUAUACCGACAGGAGCUGUACCCCCGGCAGGAACUAUACCCCCGGCCGGCCCGGGAUCCCCGCUACUACCAGCAGUACCCCCAGUUCAGCCCCUAUCAGUGCGCCACUAAGGAGAAUUACGCAGUUUUUCAGGGACACUACAACAUACCGCCCGUAGCUCUAGGUCAGUAAUUUACAAUUUGUGUUUAGUAAAAGUGAUCCCAGAGUGUAAGUCGUUAGCAAAUGUGCAUUUAUUGUUUCGUUACCAGCUCAAUAACAAAUUAUAACCACAUAAGUUUUGUAAAUACACGAUUGUCGUACCUAAUUUUUGCUUUAGAGUGAAAUGUGCCUUUUUGUAAAUUUAUGUGAU